AUGGACUGGCUGGCUGUGCGGGCAGUGCAGGGGCGUGUCCCUUCCACCCUCUGUGUCCCUGUGUCUCUGUAUCCCUGUGUCCCUGUAUCUCUGUGUUCCUGUGUCCUUGUGUCUGUGUCUCUGUGUCCCUCCAUCUCUGAGUCCCUCCAUCCCUGGGUCUCUGUGUCUCUGUGUCUGUGUCCCUGUGUCUGUGCCCCUGUGUCUCUGUGUCCCUAUGUCCCUGUGUUUUUGUGUCCUUGUGUCUCUGUGUCCCUGUGUUUCUGUGCCCUUCUGUCCCUGUGUCUCUGCAUCCCUGUGUCCUUCUCCCUGUGCCCUUGUAUCCCUCUGUCUCUCUGUGUCUCUGUGUCCCUGUAUCCCUGUGUCCCUGUGUCCCUGUGUCUCUGUGUCCAUGUCCUUGUGUCUGUGUCCCUGUGUCCCUGCGUCCCUGUUUCUCUGUAUCCCUGUGUCUCUGUGUCCUUGCAUCCCUGUGUCUGUGUCUCUGUGUCCCUCCGUCUCUGUGUCCUUCCAUCCCUAGGUCUCUAUGUCUCUGUGUCUGUGUCCCUGUGUCUGUGUCUCUGUGGCCCUGUGUCUUUGUGUCCCUGUGUCUCUGUGUCCCUGUGUCCCUGUGUCCUGUGUCUCUGUCCCUGUGUCUCUGUGGCCUUGUGCCCCUGUGUCUCUGCGUCCCUGUGUCCCUAUAUCCCUCUGUCUCUGUGUCCCUGUGUCUCUGUGUCCCUGUGUCCUUGCGUCUGUGUCCCUGUGUCCCUGUGUUUCUGUGUCUUUGUGCCCCUAUGUCCUUGUGUCCUGUGUCUCUGUGUCCCUGUGUCCCUAUAUCCCUCUGUCUCUGUGUCCCUGUGUCUCUGUGUCCCUGUGUCCUUGCGUCUGUGUCCCUGUGUCCAUGUUUCUGUGUCUUUGUGCCCCUGUGUCCUUGUGUCCUGUGUCUCUGUGUCCCUGUGUCCCUGUGUCUCUGUAUCUCUGUGUCUCUGUGUCCUUGCGUCCCUGUGUCUGUGUCUCUGUGUCCCUCCAUCUCUGAGUCCUUACAUCCCUGGGUCUCUGUGUCCCUGUGCCUGUGUCCCUGUGUCUCUGUGUCCUUGUGUCUUUGUGUCCUAGUGUCUCUGUGUCCCCGUGUCCUGUGACUCUGUGUCCUUGUGUCCCUGUUUCUGUGUCUUUGUGUCCCUGUGUCCUUGUGUCUUGUGUCUCUGUGUCCCUGUGUCCCUUUGUCCCUGUGUCUCUGUCCCUGUGUCCCUGUGUUUCUGUGUCUGUGUCCCUGAGUAUCUGUGUCCCUGUGUCCCUGUGUCUCUGUGUCCCUGUGUCCUUGUGUCCCUGUGUCUAUGUCCCUGAGUCCCUGUGUCCCUGUGUCUCUGUGUUCCUGUGACUCUGCAUCUCUGUGUCCCUGUGUCUCUGUGUCUCUCAUCUUUUUUAGGACACCACUCACCUGGAAUUAGAACCCGCCCUACUCCAGCAUGACCUCAUGCUGACAAUGCCACCUAGUGACUCACAGAGACCCUCUAGGACAGAGUAGAACUUCCCAUAG